CCGCCCCUCGCGUCCCCGCCCGCCCCUCUGGCCCCUCCCCGGCCGAGGCCGGCGCUGAGGGCGGAGCGGAGCGGAGCUGCCGCCGCCACCGCCGCGCACAGCGGCCGAACCGCGAGCGGAGCGGAGGCGCCCUCUUAAGGAGCCUGGGAAACCCUUCAAUAGUGCUGUUAACACUGAUGAGAGAUCUUUUAUGCCAAGGUUGCUGGUACCUGAGCAGCCCGCGCCAUGCGUGAGUACAAGCUAGUGGUCCUUGGCUCAGGAGGUGUGGGCAAAUCUGCCUUGACUGUACAGUUUGUUCAGGGAAUUUUUGUUGAAAAGUAUGACCCAACAAUAGAAGAUUCAUACAGAAAGCAAGUGGAAGUAGAUUGUCAACAGUGUAUGCUUGAAAUCCUGGAUACAGCAGGGACAGAGCAAUUUACAGCAAUGAGGGAUCUCUAUAUGAAGAACGGCCAGGGGUUUGCACUAGUAUAUUCAAUAACAGCACAGUCCACGUUUAACGACCUACAGGACCUUCGGGAACAGAUCUUACGGGUGAAGGACACUGAAGAUGUUCCAAUGAUUCUGGUUGGCAAUAAAUGUGACCUGGAGGAAGAACGCGUAGUUGGCAAAGAGCAGGGUCAAAACUUAGCAAGACAGUGGUGUAACUGUGCCUUUCUAGAAUCGUCUGCAAAGUCUAAAAUCAACGUUAAUGAGAUCUUUUAUGACCUGGUCAGACAGAUAAAUAGAAAAACACCAGUGGAAAAGAAGAAGCCUAAAAAGAAAUCAUGCCUGCUGCUUUAGACUCCCGUGGCGCAGCAGCUCUGAGCCAGAUUGCAGGAAUGAAGAACUGUUGCCUAAAUGGAAAGUGCCAGCGUUCCCAACGUCACCACCUUACAGACAUUAGUGACAUAUCUGAAGGAGCUUCUCCUGUUUUUGUAUACGACGAGAAGAAUUUAGAUCUUAAAAUGGUUUGCACACAGUCCCUGGAAAAAGAAAUUGCUCUGUGUAUAUCUCUUGGAAAUUGAAGACAGUAGCAUUUCUCCUUUGCAAUAGCAGUUAACAGAUGUGAAAAAUAAAUGUAAUUGACUCUAGCGUAUGAUUAUACAAAGGAGCAUGGAUGCAUUUCAAAUGUUAGACAUUGCUACUAUAAUUAAAAUUUCAUAUUGACCCUUAUAUCAUAAUUUCUCCCCGCCCAGCACUAAAAAUGUUCCACCAUUAUAUUUUAUAUAUCUGUAACUAUAGAUAUAUAUUAUCUGAGAUUUCCCUUUGAACUCACUGCAGCAAAUAACUUUUUGAGUCAUUGACUUCAUUUUAUAUUUAAAAGUUACAGAAUAUCAUUAUUUUCAUUCUGCCAUUAUAUUCUAAUUAAAAAUGUUUGUGCAUAAUGCUUUGGAAAAAUGGGUCUUUUAUAGGAAAAAAAAAAAAACCUGGGAUAACUGAUUUCUAUGGCUUUAAAAGCAAAUAUAUAUAAUAUACUAAACCAACUCUAAUAUUGCUUCUUGUGUUUUACUGUCACAGAUUAAAUUACAGCUUUUAUGAAUGAUUAAAUUUUAGUACAUUUUCA